AUGAUACUUGUACGUGCUGAUCAAUUACUUAAUAUAAUGAUAACAAAAACUGGUCUUGAUCUUGCUCAACAUUUAUCAGCUAUGUUUAAUGAUGUUUAUAAUAAACGAUUGCCACCAAGUGAUGAUGAUGAUGAUGAACAACCAAUGUUAUCUUUAUUUAAUGAAACAGUACAAGAAAUAUUUAUUGAUCAUUUAGAUGGAAUUCAAUUUGCUAAUAAUCCACCAUUAAAAUCAAUGAAUCUAUUCCAUUAA